AUGGCUCAACAUAUUGGCAGUUCCUCUCAAUUCGAAGAAACGGUGAAAAAUCAAUCCUCUGAGAAGGUCAUUCUAGCAGAUUUCUAUGCCGAUUGGUGUUCUCCAUGUCGUAAAAUUGCUCCGGUCGUGGAGGAAUUGGCCUCUACCUAUCAACAUUGUAUGACCGUAGUGAAAGUGAAUGUGGAUUCUCAUGAGGAACUGUCCGAUAAAUAUGAAGUACGACAAAUGCCAACGUUUGUGUUUAUCAAAGAUAAUGAAGAGGUGGAUAGAUUCAUUGGAAGUAGUGAAGAUACUCUUCGGGAGAGAGUGAAGAGGAAUUGUUGA